ACCAGGCCGAAUCAGCAUAUGUUAACACCUUUACCUGUGGACACACCUGUGACAAACUUCUGGACACUGGUGCUACAGCACCGGGUUACGGUCAUCAUAGCGUUCGAACCUCGAGACUCGGACAAACAGGUGGUCAGUCACUAUCUGCCGGCCAGCAAGAACGAGGUCAUCCACUGCGACCAAAUGGACGUGGAGGCAGGAACGAUAACCACAGGUCCCUACUGGCAGGAACACAAACUGACCAUCAUAUUACGUCACAAGAAAAAAACAAAGGCGUAUGACAAGUACCACGUGACCCACUACAAAUACACAGACGACAUCUUCAACCCUGAGAGUGUUCUGGCAUUCAUUCAACGCGUGAGACUGGGUUCGGAUCAACAUGAGAAGAUCAUGUUCACUUGUCUGAGUGGAGCAGAAGAGAGCGGCCUGUUGUAUGUGCUGACCUCCUUACUGGACCGGCUGGACAACGACAACUGUAUCAACAUCCCCCUGCUGGUUGGUGCCGUCAAGUCGUCUCAUCUACAGGUCAUUCCCACGCUGGACUACUACAAAGUACUGUACAAGGUGGUCAACCUGUAUGUCGAGAGCCUGUUGUCCAGCAGUGGUCAGUCGUGCCGGGCUGUCAGCACCUACAUCCAGAUGACGUCACCAUUGUACGACCAGAGACCGCACGAGACAGAAAACAUUUACGCCAACAUCCAAUCCAUUUACGCGACUCCAACACAAUAGAUUCAGGGCAAUAGACUGAUUGAGGUUGAUGAAGAAACAAAUCAAAACAAAAACCAACAAAAGCCUGCUGCAAACUUCAACCUACAACCUCGCCUAUUGUCUUUUCCAUUUAUAGUUACAAGUGACUUUUUAAAAAUUCAAUAAUGAGUUGUUUUUUUACUACGUAUAAUUCUUAAUGGGCACAUGUUUAGCAUGAAUUAAUAAAAGGGACGUGAAUAGUAAGGCAUCUUUUGAUCAUUCUCUCUGAUUAAAUAUCAUAUACAUAUUACAAAUAAAGUAGUUAAAUCAUUAAAUUAUAAAUAACCUGUAGCAGACCCCCCCCCAACUUGCCCACCAGCUAAAUGCUUAGUUUGUAAAGCUAGUCUUUAGAAAGCUUUUGGAUGGGAAGCGUUUAAUGAAAUAUGCAUCUUAAAAAUGAACGACUCUCCUUCAAGUGUAGUUGUUGCACAAAGGUCAGCACUUCUAUUUAUUAUUUUGUCUUACCUAGUUCGAUCUUCUCUAGAUACUUAUUCGACUUCUGUUUGCCGCGAUAUUUGCUCUUCUAAUUGCUUCGCUAUCGAUUCGUUAAUUGAAUGAAAAUGAUUUUACUAUAAUUAA